CGAAUCGAGCACAAUUCAAAAAGUAGCAGUGACUCACUGCAUUCCCAUCUGAGCAGCGGGCCGACGCACAUCAUUUAUGCCCGUUUAAUUUCAUUCUUAUCAGCGAAAUACGACCGAUGCGUGCUUCAGAGCGGCGAAUAUACAUCUUUUAGAUAAGACACCGUGUAUAUUGUGGGUUUUCAAAUUCUUGGAGUUAUUAUUUGAAUGUAAAUUUCUGUGGUUCGCAGCGGAUGUGGAUGACUGGUGAAUUGCGUGCGUGCGUUUCGGGAUAAAAAAAGCAAGGAGCAAGGAACUUCGCCUCAGUUAUUUAUUUUUCAGGACUUUAGGGUUCCUUGUUCUUCUUAAAUCGUCUUGUAAAGCGUGCAACGAUGAGCGCUGGAAUCGCAAAGUCGGCGAAGCCAUCGGCUCACGUCGACCCCAAAUCUGCUCCUCUGAAAGAGAUUCCUGACGUUCUGGUGGAUCCCAGAACCACGAAGAGAUACAUGCGAGGUCGCUUUCUGGGAAAGGGAGGAUUUGCGAAAUGCUACGAAAUCACAGAUAUGGACACCAAGGAGGUUUUUGCAGGGAAAGUGGUGCCGAAGUCGAUGCUACUCAAGCCGCACCAGAAAGAGAAAAUGAGCACAGAAAUCGCCAUUCACAAGAGUCUCGACAACCCGCACGUCGUGGGAUUUCACGGCUUUUUUGAGGAUGAUGACUUCGUGUACGUGGUGUUGGAAAUCUGUCGGAGACGGUCUCUCCUUGAAUUGCACAAGCGGAGGAAGGCAGUGACUGAGCCUGAGGCCAGAUACUUCAUGCGCCAUACUAUUCAGGGUUGUCAGUACUUGCACAACAACCGGGUAAUCCACCGUGAUCUCAAACUUGGAAAUCUGUUCCUCAAUGAUGACAUGGAUGUAAAAAUCGGUGACUUUGGUUUGGCCACUAAGAUUGAGUUUGAUGGCGAGAGAAAGAAGACCUUGUGUGGCACUCCAAACUACAUCGCCCCAGAGGUGCUCUGCAAGAAAGGCCACAGCUUUGAAGUAGAUGUAUGGUCACUGGGAUGCAUUCUAUAUACACUGCUUGUUGGAAAGCCACCAUUUGAGACGUCCUGUCUGAAGGAGACCUACAUCAGAAUCAAGAAGAAUGAGUACACUGUUCCUAGACACAUUAAUCCAGUUGCUGCUGCUCUGAUUCGUCGGAUGCUGCAUGCUGACCCUACACUCAGACCUUCUGUGUCCGAGCUGCUGGCUGAUGAGUUUUUCACCUCCGGUUAUGCGCCUGUGCGGCUGCCCACUUCCUGUCUCACUGUACCUCCCAGGUUCUCCAUCGCCCCCUCCAGUCUGGAUCCCGCCCUCCUUCGCAAACCCCUCUCAUCACUUAAUAAAGGGACCGAUAGUCCUAUUGAGAAAAUGGGGAAAAUGGAGCAGCCACAAAUGGAAGAUCUUCAGCAAAGGGAUGGAGCUGAACAACCUGACUGUCAUCUAACUGACAUGCUGCAGCAGCUGGCCAGCCUCAACACGGCCAGGCCAUCUGAGAGAGACUUUAUUAGACAAGGGGAAGCCGAGGACCCUGCUUGUAUUCCAAUUUUCUGGAUUAGUAAAUGGGUCGACUAUUCUGACAAAUAUGGCCUUGGUUACCAGCUGUGUGAUAACAGCGUAGGCGUUCUGUUCAACGAUUCCACGCGUUUAAUCAUGUACGCUGACGGGGACAGUUUGCAGUACAUCGACCGCAGCACAGCAGAAUCCUACCUCAGUGUUCGCUCCUACCCUCCUGCACUCUCCAAAAAGAUUACACUCCUCAAGUACUUUAGGAAUUACAUGAGUGAGCACUUGCUAAAGGCCGGGGCGAACAUAACACCCCGCGAUGGGGAUGAACUGACCCGGUUGCCUUAUCUCCGCCACUGGUUCCGCACAAAGAGCGCCAUCGUGCUACACCUGAGCAACGGAACCGUGCAGAUCAACUUCUUCCAGGACCACACUAAGAUUAUUUUGUGUCCCCUGAUGGGCGCAGUGACGUACAUCAAUGAGAAGCGGGAGUUCUAUACCUAUAAGAUGAGCUUAAUUGAGGAGUUUGGGUGCUGUAAAGAGUUGGCCAGUCGUUUGCGCUAUGCUCGCAACAUGGUGGAGAAGCUCAUGGCCUGCAAAAGCACCACCACAGCCGCUACUUCUGCCCGUUAACCCACUGACGUCACAAAUUGUAUAGUUUUAUCAGUUCACCACCGAGUCUAAGGGCCCUUAAAUAUUCCAGCAGUCAAAAAGGUUUCUGGGUUCUACACUAUGACGACUUCCUCUGGAUCUGUUGUUUACUCUCAUACUAUUACUUGUUUUUCUGGGUUGGGGAGUUUGUGACUAUGCCAGCUCUCUAUAUCAUGUGAAUGCUCUUGUACAUGUUUUAAUAUUUUAGAAUUUGUCUGUUUACCUUUUUGACUGUUCUUUGUAUAAAAUCUUUUGGACGUUAAUCUUUUAAUGUGUAAGAAUAUCUGAAAUAAGUUGGUUUUCCAAAAUAAAGAUCAUUUUAGAGAAAUUUUGAUUGUUAGAUACUGUUACUGAUAAAUAAGUUUAUAAUUGAGUUUAAUUAAAAUUCUUGAAAAUAAGGUGUUUAGUGUUUUAAAUCAAACGUGAAGCCUUGCAAUCUAUCAGUCUUAAUAUUUCAAUAUUACCGAAAUGGGGUCUACUUUUGUUUCAUGUUGAGCUUACUGUAAUUUAAUUGCUAUAAACAAAUUUUAUAAUAUGAAAGAUUUCCAU